UAUUUUAAACAUGGUAUUUGAUCAUAAUUUAAGCGAAUAUUGUGAAGAAUUUAAAACUUUAUAUAAUGAUUGCAUCAACGAUUAUCAAAAUAAUAUUGGAAUAAAGAAUAAUUAUGAUGUAAAUGAGAAUGAACUUAUCGGACUUAUCAUUCUAUGUAUUUUUCAAGUUACAUUCAUGAUUAUUGUAGCUUUAUUAUGGCAAAAGAGGUAAGUUACCGUACUUUUAAAAAUCAUAUAAUCUCGCCGAUCUAAUGUGACAUUAAAUAGAUAUUGGAAAUUUUUACCUAAAUUCGCCCUAACAACACGUGAAGAAAUAAAACGUAUGAUCAUGAUUUUACGCGUUUCAGUCUCAUAUCUCAUAUCUCAUCUAAUAAUCCUCUUUUUAUUUUAGGAAUGUUUACACAUUAUAUUUAUGUAAUAUCAUUAAUUCAUUCAAAUGUAAUAAUAAUCGGAUAUUGGAUAUCAAUAAAUUGGUUCUAUAGAACAAGAAAUACUUACAUGAAUUAUCGAAAUACAUUGUUUACCAAUCAAUUUUUUGACAUUAUACCUUAUUCUCUUAUUCUCUUUAUCGUAAAGAUAAUUAUAAUUAAAAAAGGUGUUCAAAAAGAAUCUAGAUUAAAGAUUUCUGUUUACUACAUUCUUAAUAUUGCUCUAUGUGUAAUAAUAUUUUUAAAUACGGUUCCGACAUGUUUAAUCCCUUCAAAUUAUAUCGGAACUGAUUCUAUUAUAAAAAAGUGUGAUUUCACAAAUCAAAUUCGUUGGUCACCUCUUUAUCAAUUAUCCUUUAUCAUGGGAAUGGUAUCUAUACUCAUCCUAUUGCUUUCAAUUUUUAAUGUUUACCUAUGUCAAAGGAAUUUUGGAAAGAAACUUAAAGUUUAUUGCAAGUAUUUUUGAGUCUUUAACUAUUCUUUAUAUUACCAUAUUUCUUAAUUUAAUUUUUCUUUUUUUUAUAGUGGAUUAUGAAGUCGAGCCAAUUGAAUUUGAAUAU